UGGGCAUUUAAAUUUUUGUUGUUUACAGCCAUUCUUAAAAUAAAAAUCAAAUAAUGUCAUCCUCUUUCUUCCUUAAACCCGGCGCAAAGGCUAAUAAAAAACGCAAGAACCCACAAACUAAAGGAGGCGGCAAAAAGUCUGGAAAAACUCCAGGAACGGGGACAGCACCCCCAAUCGCAAAGAAAUCUCGUCGUGCCAAGGUCGAAGAUGAAGAGAUUGCCAGUGAAGAUGAGGAGUACAACAGCGAUGUGGGAGAUGGCGGUAACACUCUGGCUUUCUCCUCUGAUGAGGGCGAGGAAGAAACACCGCAAGACAAACGUCUGCGGCUAGCCAAACAGUACCUUUCGGAGAUUGAAAAGCAAGAGGCAGACCGGGCAGAGGAUCGUGAGCUGAGCCAAAGUGUAGAACAGCGUCUGCAGACCGAAUAUCUUGACAGUGUGGGUCGAUUAAGAAGAAACAUAGCGGGAUCUGUUAAAUCCUGUUCCGCACACACAAUCCUCAAGCAUAAGUUACACCACUUGCCAUUGUGUUCCUUGACUCUUAGUCCGGAUGGUAAAUUCUUGUUUACCGGCGCUAAGUCCCAAUUCCUUCUAAAAUGGUGCACAGAUAGUGGCAAAGUUCUAGCCAAAGCCGAUGUGCUGCCAUAUCGUGAAGAACCCGAAACAGGCAAGAAACGACGCUCUCAUAUCAUAGCAAUUAGCCUCUCCACGGACAUGAAGUAUUUAGCUUUGGCCGAGGGUGGACCACACAUCCAAAUCUGGUGUCCUCAAACUUUAAAGCAUUUGAAGACGUUUAAGGGUCACAGGGACACUGUUGCAGCACUGGUCUUCCGCAAAGGCACCCAUGAGUUGUAUUCCGCUGCUAAAGAUCGUUCCGUGAAGAUCUGGUCUCUUGACGAAAUGGCAUACGUGGAGAGUUUAUUUGGCCACCAGACAGGUGUAACCAGUAUAGAUGCUUUAAGCCGAGAACGAGCCAUAACCGCUGGCGGUUCGGAUUGCUCCUUGCGCAUCUGGAAGAUUACCGAGGAGUCGCAGCUGAUUUACAAUGGCCAUCGUGAUAGCAUAGAGGUUGUCAAACUUAUCAAUGAUGAGCACUUUGUAUCCGGCGGAGUAGAUGGAGCGUUCAGUCUGUGGAGUGCUUUAAAAAAGAAACCAAUUUGUACCAACCAACUGGCCCAUGGACUUGGGAAAAAUGGCGUGCCCAACUGGAUAACAGCCAUUGCUGUGGUGGUCAAUACGGAUUUGGUAGCCACGGGAUCAUGCGAUGGUUGCCUGAAACUCUGGCAAACCAAUCCCAAUGCUCGAAAGAUGCAACAGAUUCAAAGCAUACCAAUGCCAGGAUUUAUUAAUGGUCUGACUUUCAAUGCUGAUGGCACAAAGUUGUAUGUGGCCGUUGGCCAGGAGCACCGUCUUGGUCGCUGGUGGCGGCAUAAAGAGGCCAAAAAUCAAGUAGUUGUAGUUGACAUUAAGUUAGACCCGAGCAAAUAAGUUUUCCCUAAUAGCUGUAUAGAUCCAAGACAAAAGUUGUUAAGUGAAUAAAUCAAGAAAUUUUAAAA